AUGGCUUUGCCUCAUCGGCGCCUCUUCCUCUUCACCGUCGUCGUCUUCCUCCCACAAGUGUUCUCCCAGCUCCCCAACAUCUGCGGGACCAAGGCCAAUGGCAGGUACGCCUGCCCUGACUGCUCCACCUCUACUGCAGCCACCUCAAACCGUAGCGCCGGCUUCGAGGCCAACCUCCUCCGGCUCCAGGCCUCUCUCCAACACAUGGCCGCCACGGACGCCAGCUUCCUGAACUCCACUUUCACCACUGGCGCCAGCGACGCGGCGGACACGGUCUUUGGGCUCGCCAUGUGCUUCACCGACGCGGAGCGGUCCGACUGCUCUGCCUGUCUCGCUGGCGCGGCAGCCGAGUUGCCCGGGAUCCGGUGCGCAGGCCGCAGGGACAUUGUCCUCUGGUACGGGCACUGCCUCGUGCGCUACGAUGACACCCCCUUCUUCGGCACCGCGGACACGUCACCGGCGCGGCGGUUCGACGUGCCCAACCCCCACAACUUCUCAGAUCCAGUGAGCCUGGGUGCGGCGCGUCAGAGGCUGGCCGGGCGGAUGCUCCCCGCCGCGGCGGCCUCGACGCUCCGGUUUGCCUUUGAUGCCAAGGAGGUCACACCGAACAUGACGCUGCAUGGGCUGGCGCAAUGCACGGAGGACCUGCCCGCCGAGGAGUGCAGCCGGUGCCUGGCAUCGCACAUGGUCUGGCUCGCCGGAUGCUGCGCCGACAUGGACGGUGUCCGUCUAAACGGGCCCAGCUGCUACCUGCGCUAUGAGUUCAUGGCCUUCAUCCCCAGCAUGCCGCCGUCCAUGGCACCCCUGCUACCUCCUCCUCCGGCGUCUGAAUCAGGGACUCCCUCAGGGAGGAAGAAGGCUAGAACAUACAUACUUGCGGGGACCCUGAAUGCAUUGGCGCUGCUGUGCCUCUGUCUUCUGGGAGCAUUUCUGUAUUACAAGAAGAAGUUUCAUGGCUCACUUCCUCCCAUGCCCUGGAAGAGGGACACACCGACGAUUGAAUCCUUCCUGCGGCGGCAACAUCCGAGGAGGUACAGCUACUCGCAAGUGAAACGGAUGACGAAAUCUUUCUCGCACAAACUUGGCCACGGCGGCAACGGUGUGGUCUACAAAGGCAGACUCCCGGAUGGCCGUGAGAUUGCCGUGAAGAUGCUCAAGGACAACAGGGACGUCGAUGGCGAGGAUUUCAUGACUGAGGUCGCCAGCAUCAGCAGGACCUCCCAUGUCAACGUCGUCACGCUGCUGGGAUUCUGCUUGCAGGGUAGAUCUAAAAGGGGACUCAUCUAUGAGUUCAUGCCGAAUGGCUCCCUUGAAAGAUACACUUCUGGGAGAGGCACUGAGCACAACUCACUUGGCUGGGAGACACUGUUCGACAUUGCUGUCGGCAUUGCGCGAGGCCUCGAGUACCUGCACAGAGGUUGCAACGCGCACAUUGUGCAUUUUGACAUCAAGCCUCACAACAUCCUCCUGGACCGGGACCUCCGGCCUAAGAUCUCCGACUUCGGACUGGCCAAGCUGUGCUCCCAAAAAGAGAGCACAAUCGCGGUGUCCAUUGCAGGAGCUCGGGGCACGAUCGGGUACAUCGCGCCUGAGGUGUUCUCCAGGGGAGUAGGGGCAGUCACCAGCAAGUCCGACGUCUACAGCUAUGGCAUGAUGGUUCUUGAGAUAUCUGGGGCUAGGAGGAGCAUGGAUGACGACGAUUUCACUGAUUCAGAGGCAAGCAGCAGCAGCAAGUAUUUCCCCCAGUGUUUAUAUGAAGGCUUAGAUCAGUUCUGUGCAAGAGCUUGCGCCAUCGAUGAUAGCGAUGGCAAGGCUACCGGACUGGUGAGGAAGAUGGUGGUGGUCGGGCUGUGGUGCGUGCAAAUCUCCCCUUCGGACCGGCCUUCCAUGACCAGAGUGCUCGAGAUGCUGGAGAAGAGUGCUGAAGAGCUUCAGCUACCACCACACACUCCACGUGGACCUUGA